GCCAUCGAGCGCCAACAGAACACACGCACGCCAAGCAUGCAGCAGCAGUACAGAGGCCAAGCCAGAAGUGCAGUAGCACCUCAACAAACAGUACAGGGCCAAGUACCUGUACACCAACAGAUGCCACAAGCUCAGGGCUACGAAAGACAGCACACCCUUCAUAACAAUGGCACUCUUGCAUGGCAGCAACAACAAGCAGCCAACAUUUGGAACUAUGCAGCCGCGUGGCAAGCGAUGGGAGGCUACCCGUACCCGUACCAGCAACAAUAUUCCUGUGGAAAUCAACCCCAUCAGGGAUACUACCCAUUCCCACAACAACUGGGAUUAGGGAAUUUGAGUCAACCAUCGAUGGUGCAGGGAAGCGGUCAACCAUGGACGGAGGAGCAGGGAGCCAUAAGCGAAUCGAGAGGAAACAGGGCAGUUGACAUUAGAAAUUCAAUGAGUGAGAUGGAAAUUGAAGCCAGGAAGCAACUGGGCAAGCGGAAGAUGAGAGCGGAAGGGCGAAGACGAGGGGACCAAACACAAGCAGAGGACAAAUUUGAUCAAGAGGAGGAUGAGGAAGAAAGCGAAGAGGACGGAUCAGAACAAGGCGACAGCGAGUUCAGAGAUAUUCCAAUGGGAAUAGAGACUGCAGCGAGAGGGGAGAGACAAGUGGAAGAACGAUACCUACUCCCGUUUGUAUUGGCACUUCACGGGCAAGAUGUAUUUGUGCUCGGCUUGAAGAACAGUGAUGGCAUGAUUUUUCUUCCAGCAGCCCCACUGGUGCACAUACCGUCUCACGAGGAGAUUGUAUAUGUGGUGCGGAGAUUGUACGAGGAUAAGUUCAAAUUCAGGGUGUUUCCGAAGGAGAUGAUGCCCAAGCAAUCUGUUGAAGUGCAAGGCGGUAAAAGAAUCAGGUACCUGAUCCCACUGGUGGAUGCUCGCAUCCUUACGGAGUACUGGUAUGGAAUGCAGAAUGUGGGCAUGGAUUUCAUUCUGCUGAGCAGCUUUACCACGGGAGACCCUGCAAUUCUGUCGAUGGUAAUGGUGGAACCAGGAAUCCCGGCUCACUUCCUCCGAAGAUUGGAUGAAAAGUUGCUAAAGAGGAGAAAUCUAAACUCUCUAUACUUGGCAGAUUACCUGAGAGAGAGAUGGCCGGAGCACUUACAGUUGGUAACAAGCAGUGAAGGGCGAAUCCAACAUGGUCACGCCUCGAGCGAACGUGGUCAAACUUAAAUGUGCCACCUGGAAUGCUCAAGGACUGGAAGACAAAGGCGGAAGGAACAAAUGCGCAAGACUGAA